AUGGCCGUUCCACGGAGAGUCACUCUUAAGGAGGUCGGUGCUCCGGACUUUGUUCUUCAACCGCUUCAAGUGCGUCAUCCGGAGUUGAAUGCUAAUUUUGAGCUUAAGACCGCUUGGAUUAAUCUUCUACCCAAGUUUCAUGGGCUCUCCACCCAAGAUCCUAUUAGACACCUCAGAGAUUUUCAAGGUGUAUGUUCAACAACAAGACGGGAGGGUUCCGAUGAGGUUGCUAUUUGGUUGUUUGCCUUCCCAUUCUCACUUGAGGGAAGAGCCAAAGAGUGGUUCUACACUUUGCCCGAUGAGAUUGUCAGUGAUUGGAAUUUGCUUCGAAUGGAGUUCUUAGAUAAAUUCUUUUCUCCGAAAGUGACGGAUAGAUUGAGGAAAGAGAUUUCAUGCAUUGUCCAAGGUGAAAUGGAAACUCUAUACGAGUAUUGGGAAAGGUUUCGGAGACUUCUUGACUCAUGCCCUCACCAUAUGAUUGACACUCUAGUGUUGAUUAGCUAUUUUUGCCAAGGAAUGAAACCACAAGACAAGAUCCUUUUGGAUGCUUCAAGAAAUGGUUCCUUAACAAAGUAUAGAACGGCAGAGGAAGCAUGGCAACUAAUCACCGAUUUGGCCGAGUCCACCCAACAUGCUAGACAAAGAAACCAUCAUCCAAGAGCCAUAAAUGAAGUUUCUUCUAGUGGUGAGACCGCCGCCCUUACCAAGACCUUGGGAGAAAUGACAAACAUUCUCAACUCGAGUGAACUACCUUCUCAACCCAUACCCAACCCCAAGGGUAGCAUCAAUGCCACCACCUUGAGGUUCGGAACCAAAUUACAAGAGAGGAGUGAGCAAAGCCCAAAAGAGGUCACUCAAGAUGAGGAUGUGGUUGAAGUAGAAGAAGUCGAAGAGGAGGAUGAGGUACAAGAGGAAGUAGAAGACGUGAUUGCUCAACCAAGGGGUGAAAUUCCUAAGGAUGGAAAUGUCUUGCAAGAAGCUACUCCAAUUCCUUUUCCCACAUUGGCAAGGAAGACCAAGAAGCAAGUUGAGUUGGACCCCAAAAUGGUGGAGAUAUUCAAGAAAGUUGAGAGAAUUCAUGAUUUAGAAACCAUUCCAUUGGGGAGCUCAAUUUCCGCUUUAAUGGGUGAUAUACCGGAGAAGUGUGGCAACCCCGGUCCUUGCCUAGUCACUUGCACCAUAGAUGGGGUACAAUUUGUUGACUGCAUGUGUGAUCUUGGUGCUUGUGUGAGCAUCAUGUCUUUGUCCAUUUAUGAGGUCUUAAAGCUUCCACCAUUGAAACGGUUGGCCGCCCGGUUUGUUUUGGCGGACAAAAGCAUAAUUUCUGUGGUAGGUAUUACGGAGGAUGUUCUAGUGAGUAUAAAAGGGUUCGUCUUCCCAAUUGAUUUCCAUAUUCUCAAGAUGCCCCCUAGUGACACCGGUAGGACAUCAUCUAUUUUUCUUGGGAGGCCAUUCUUGAAGAUCUCCCGGUUCAAAUUGGAUGCGUUUUCGGUUGAGAGGAACUAUCAUUCUGAGCAUCUACUCGCCCCACCGGACCAUAUUAUUCAGUAUGUGAUGCCCCGCAUUGAGCGGCGGCAAUGGAAAUUUCUAAUGCAGAGACCACAGGAGGCCAACCUUUCUUGGGUGGUGGAGUUCUACACCAACUACCACUCCCCUUCUCUUUAG